UAUAUUAUCAAAAUUGGCGCGAACGUAUCAUAAAUCACAAAAAGUUAUUGAAACAUUACAAACAACGCAUAAAGCGUUCUAUUAAUAUAGCAUUCUAUUAAUACAAAAUUGUUGAAUUUCAGAAAUAUAAAAUGAGUCAGUUUAUAACAAUACAAGUUGGUCAAUGCGGCAAUCAAAUAGGAUCGGCUUUUUGGCCUUUAGCUUUGCAUGAAUAUGGUAUACAAAUUAAAAAUAGAUUCGUCGAUCUUCUUAAGAUACAACGAGAUCAUAUUAGGAAUAUAGACGCAUUAUGGGAUGGAUUUUACAGUUUUUUUCAUGUACCUGGAAAUACAGAUAAUUUAUGCUUCAAAACAAUAGCGGAAUUGAAUGAAGCAAAAGUUAAAGCUCGGGCAGUUCUAAUAGAUAUGGAAGAUAGUGUUGUAGCACGAUUUCAACAUGGACCAUUGCGCGAAUUAUUUAAUAGAACUUGUACAGUGACAAAUUAUCCUGGUUCUGCAAAUAACUGGGCCACAGGAUAUUAUACUCAUGGUACAGAAUAUCAUGACCGAAUUGAAGAAGUAAUAAGACAGUCUGUUGAAUCGUGUGAUUAUCUAGGUGGAUUUUUACUUUUGCAUUCUGUAGCUGGUGGAACUGGUUCUGGUCUAGGAACAGCGACUUUAAAAAUGUUAAGCGACAGUUAUCCUCAUGUAGAUAGAUUAGUAUCCUGCAUAUAUCCUGCAGGUAUGGAAGAUGUUAUUACAGGUCCAUACAAUACAUUGUUAGCGACAAGAGAGUUGAUAGAACAUGCUACUUGUGUAUUUCCAGCUGAAAAUAAUGCGCUUUUAAAAAUGUGUGAAACUCAAAUAAGGAAUAGUGAUAAUAUGGAUCAGGCUAAUUUUAAUGCUUUGUGUUUACCAUUUCAGGAUAUGAAUAGUAUUAUCGUUAAUAUGCUUCUUCAUUUGACUAGUGGCUCCAGAUUUCCUGGAAAUUUAAAUAUAGACAUCAGUGAUUUAGCUACAAAUCUUGUUCCGUAUAAAAGGAUGCAUUAUAUAUUUAGUAAUGUUAGGCCGAUAGCUUUGACAGCACCUAAAUUUUUUGCUACAAAUUCUUCAAAGCUUCAAGAUAUGCUGUUUACUAAUGCAUUGUCUCGGAAUAAUCAGUUGACUAAAGUACAUCCGCUACAGCCAGGCUCUGUUGUUUUAAGUGCCGCAUAUAUUGGAAGAGGACAAUUUUCUAUAACUGGCAUGAAACGAAAUAUUGAAAGGUUUCAAAGUAAAGCUAAAUUUACAGCGUGGAGUAAGAAUUCAAUAAAAAUAGGUUUAUGUUCGGUACCUCCACCCGGACAUACAACAUCUCUGUUGUGCUUGCUUAAUACCUCAGCUAUCUCUUUAAUGUUUACAAAUUUAAUUGAGCAGUUUACAAAAUUAUAUCGUCGAAAGGUAAUGGCACAUGUUCACCAUUAUUCUCAAGUUUCUGGAUUUGAAAAUUCACAGUUUUUAGAUUGCAAAGAAACUAUCUCUAAUUUAUGUGAACAUUACAUGGAGCUUCAAAAUCAAAAACAAAGACAUAUUUCACGAAUGCAAACACUUUAAGAAUUGUAUAUGUGAAAACAUUAGAAUAACAAGGAAUUGUAUUGUAAUUAUAAGUGAUUUAUUAAUUUAAUCAAAUAGUUUAACAUAAAAUAAUUUCAAUAAAA